UUUUAGAUUAUAAAUGUUGCAGAAUGUGAUUAUCAGACCUAUCAUUAUCUGUGAUGGUAGUGGCAAAGAAGUGACCUGUUUGUAAGCAUAAUAGUUGUUAGCAUUACAGGGGGGUAUGCAGUCGUGGCAAUUCAUUGCACUUUGAACACUCCCGAUUUGUAUGUUCUAUCUUGAGGAUCAUAUAGACUAAGGUUUUAGUAAACAGCUCGACUGUAGAACAAUUGGUAGAACAAUUCUCUACGGCUCUGGUCUGUGUGCGCUAAAGAAAUGGCACUAGAGGAAGCUGAGGCACAGCUUGCAGAGCUUGAGCUCCUAAUAAGCAUGUUUCCAAGUGAAGAGGAGUUUGUUGUCUCUGACCAGCUGGCUUUUGCAGAACUGAGGGACUACGUUGAGGGGGUCUCCACAACACCUCCACAUUCUAGACCUGACUUUGUGAUUAAACACAAAACGGACACUGUCACCACAAAAGGGGUGGACAUCACAAUCUCGUGCACGUAUGUAUCUGACUACCCAAAAGUCCUUCCAGAGAUUUCUGUGAGGUGUGCUCAUCUUAGCAGAGCCCAACAAACCCAUCUGCACAACGACCUGAACUUGUACCUGCUGGAGAACUGCUCUGGAGAGGCUUGUCUGUUAUCAGCGUUCGAGUGGGUAAAAGAUAAUGCAACUCAGUACAUUGACAAGAGCUUGUCAGCUCCUGUUCCCAAGAAAGAUUCAACGUUAGUGCCCACCCAGGAGACAUUCACUCGGCUCUGGAUCUACAGCCAUCACAUCUACAACAAGACUAAAAGAAAGAACAUUCUGGACUGGUCCAAGGAACUCAACCUCUCUGGCUUUAGCAUGCCAGGCAAGCCUGGGGUCGUUUGUGUGGAGGGGCUUAGAACCCCCUGUGAUGAGUUUUGGAGCAGAGUAAAGUGCCUGACAUGGAAGAGGAUCAUGAUUCGCCAUCGAGAGGAUAUCUCUUUGGACGGCCAGGAUGGCAGCAUAGAUGAAAGCGUGGCCUCGCUCCGCAAGUUCACGGGGUUCGACGAGGCUAUUUUUGAUCCCCAUGGAAACCGAGGAAAUCACAUGGACCUUGGGCAGCUGUACCAGUUCCUCAGUGAGAAGGGUUGUGGGGAGAUUUUCCAGUUGUACUUUGGGAUUGAGGGGAAAUAGCAGUGGUCCCAUGGAGAAGAUAAGAGACUCUAUAAUCCUGUGUGCCCUCAGAAUGCAGCAGUCUAUAUGAAAUAAAACACAUUAUAUCCCCCCACCA